CCCUUUUAAAUGACUGCGGAAAAACAGACUCUCCGAGCCGCAAAUGGGAAGACGGAUUCUCAGACAGGGCUUGCGAAUGCCCCGCAGCCAUCAUUUAACUACGCCCGCAGAGCAGUUACGGUUUGUCACCCGACCCUCCCGGAUCGCCUCGUUUGUCCCUAGUGAGACCCCGAGGCUCUGCCCGCGCCGGGCUUCUCAGUAGCUGGAUGCAUGUCGUGCUCCGGGCAGCGCGGGCGCAGGGCACGCGUUCGCGCACACCCGCGCACACACGAAAACGUGCAAGAGCUGAACCGAGCCCGGUUUCCAUUUCAAAAAAGGAGACGGCCUCUACUGCGAUUUUAGAAGAGACCGCGGUGUGAAUUAGGGACUGGGAGGCGUCGGAGCGGAGGACCGGUCCAUCUCAGAGACUAAUUUUCUGGAGUUUCUGCCCCUGCUCUGCGUCAGCCCUCACGUCACUUCGCCAGCAGUAGCAGAGGCGGCGGCGGCGGCGACUCCCGGAAUUGGGUUGGAGCAGGAGCCUUGGUCGCUCCUUCGCUCGCGCUCUCGGAGCUCCGUGCCCAGCGGCAGGAGGAGCCUGGACCCAGGCGCCGCCGGCGGGCGGUAGGCGCCGGAGCCCGGCCCCGAGGUGCGUCCCGGAUCCCAGCGCGCGUCUAGCAAGGAGCCUGCUCCACAGAGCGUCCCGGGAGCGCCGCCGGCCGGUGCUGGGCUCGCCGGGCCAUGCAGCGGUGGCCUCCGCGGAGCUCCCAGCGGCGGUAGCGCCCCCUGUGAAGAGGCCCGAGAUGCCCCUGCCACUGUGAAUCUUGCGGCCCGCCAGGACACGCUCAGCCCCGGACGCGCUCGGCUCUGCGCGCCUGCGACGAGCACCGAGCGGAGAGAGCGGCGAGCGCGGCCAAGGCUGCCCAGCACCGGCAGGAGAGGCCGGCCUGUGCGGCGCAGGGACACGUACUCAGUCUGACUCUGGCUGGCACUGGUGGCUAGGAAUGUCGUCCUGGACGAGGUGGCAUGGGCCAGCCAUGGCGCGGUUCUGGGGCUUCUGCUGGCUGAUCAUAGGCUUCUGGAGGGCCGCUCUCGCCUGUCCCACAUCCUGCAAAUGCAGCGCCUCUCGGAUCUGGUGUAGCGACCCUUCUCCUGGCAUCGUGACAUUUCCGAGGUUGGAGCCUACCAGUGCGGACCCUGAGAACAUCACUGAAAUUUACAUUGCAAAUCAGAAGAGAUUAGAAAUCAUCAGUGAAGAUGAUGUGGAAGCUUAUGUGGGACUGAAAAAUCUGACCAUUGUGGAUUCUGGAUUAAAAUUUGUGGCUCCUAAAGCAUUUCUGAAAAACAGCAACUUACAGCACAUCAAUUUUACCCGAAAUAAACUGGCAAUUUUGUCUCGGAAACAUUUUCGUCACCUCGACUUGUCUGAACUGGUCCUGGUGGGCAAUCCAUUUACAUGCUCCUGUGACAUUAUGUGGAUCAAGACUCUUCAGGAGAUUAAAACCAGUCCAGAAACUCAGGAUUUGUACUGUCUCGAUGAAAACAGCAGGAAUAUUUCACUGGCAAACCUGCAGAUACCCAAUUGUGGUUUGCCGUCAGCAAAUUUGGCCGCACCUAACCUCACUGUGGAGGAGGGAAAGUCUAUCACAUUGUCUUGUAGUGUUGCAGGCGAUCCAGUUCCGAAUUUGUACUGGGAUGUCGGUAAUCUGGUUUCCAAGCAUAUGAAUGAAACAAGCUACACACAGGGCUCCUUAAGGAUAACUAACAUUUCAUCUGAUGACAGUGGAAAGCAAAUCUCUUGUGUGGCAGAAAAUCUUGUAGGAGAAGAUCAAGAUUCGGUCAACCUCACUGUACAUUUUGCUCCAACUAUCACAUUUCUCGAAUCUCCAACCUCAGACCACCACUGGUGCAUUCCAUUCACUGUGAAAGGCAACCCCAAACCAGCGCUUCAGUGGUUCUAUAACGGGGCAAUUUUGAAUGAGUCCAAAUACAUCUGUACUAAAAUCCAUGUCACCAAUCACACGGAGUACCACGGCUGCCUCCAGCUGGAUAACCCCACCCACAUGAACAAUGGGGACUACAAGUUAGUAGCCAAGAAUGAGUAUGGGAAGGAUGAGAAACAGAUUUCUGCUCACUUCAUGGGCUGGCCUGGAAUCGAUGAUGGUGCAAACCCAAAUUAUCCUGAUGUCAUUUAUGAAGACUAUGGGACUGCAGCCAAUGACAUCGGGGACACCACGAACAGAAGUAAUGAAAUCCCUUCCACAGAUGUCGCUGACAAACCUGGUCGGGAACAUCUCUCGGUCUAUGCUGUGGUGGUAAUUGCAUCUGUAGUGGGAUUUUGUCUGCUGGUAAUGCUGUUUCUGCUGAAGUUGGCAAGACAUUCCAAGUUUGGCAUGAAAGGCCCAGCCUCGGUUAUCAGCAAUGAUGAUGACUCUGCCAGCCCGCUCCAUCACAUCUCCAAUGGGAGUAACACCCCGUCGUCUUCAGAGGGCGGCCCUGAUGCCGUCAUUAUUGGAAUGACCAAGAUUCCUGUUAUUGAAAAUCCCCAGUACUUUGGCAUCACCAACAGUCAGCUCAAGCCAGACACAUUUGUUCAGCACAUCAAGAGACAUAACAUUGUUCUGAAAAGGGAGCUAGGCGAAGGAGCCUUUGGAAAAGUUUUCCUAGCUGAAUGCUAUAACCUCUGUCCUGAGCAGGACAAGAUCUUGGUGGCAGUGAAGACACUGAAGGACGCCAGCGACAACGCACGCAAGGACUUCCACCGCGAGGCCGAGCUACUGACCAACCUCCAGCACGAGCACAUCGUCAAGUUCUACGGCGUCUGCGUGGAGGGCGACCCGCUCAUCAUGGUCUUCGAGUACAUGAAGCACGGGGACCUCAACAAGUUCCUCAGGGCACACGGACCUGACGCCGUGCUGAUGGCCGAAGGCAACCCUCCGACGGAGCUGACGCAGUCGCAGAUGCUGCACAUCGCCCAGCAGAUAGCCGCGGGCAUGGUCUACCUGGCGUCCCAGCACUUCGUGCACCGAGACCUGGCCACUCGGAACUGCCUGGUCGGCGAGAACCUCCUGGUGAAAAUCGGGGACUUCGGCAUGUCCCGGGACGUGUACAGCACCGACUACUACCGGGUGGGCGGCCACACGAUGCUGCCCAUCCGCUGGAUGCCUCCGGAGAGCAUCAUGUACCGGAAGUUCACCACCGAGAGCGACGUCUGGAGCCUGGGGGUCGUGCUGUGGGAGAUCUUCACGUACGGCAAACAGCCCUGGUACCAGCUGUCCAACAACGAGGUGAUAGAAUGCAUCACUCAGGGCCGAGUCUUGCAGCGACCCCGAACGUGCCCCCAGGAGGUCUACGAGCUGAUGCUGGGGUGCUGGCAGCGGGAGCCCCACAUGAGGAGGAACAUCAAAGGCAUUCACACCCUCCUGCAGAACUUGGCCAAGGCGUCCCCGGUCUACCUGGACAUCCUCGGCUAGGCCCUCCCCCAGACCCGUCCUUCCCAGAGCACCUCCUCAGAUGGGCCCAGAGGAUGACUGUCUUCUAACUGCCGCUGGAUGCCACCAGUCUGCUGUUGUUCACUGCAAAGACCCCGAGAAGCUUUCCGAGGAAGCAACGUGUCCUUCUCCAUCCGUAGACACAGUAUGGACUUCUUUUGGCAUUCUCUCUUUCUCUCUUUCCGUCUCCCUUGGUUUAUUCCCUAAUGUUUUUUUUUUUCUCUUGAUUUAUUUUUCGUCUCCCCUGCUUUACAGUCCUUCCCCUUUCUUUUUUUAAUCAAUCUGGCUUCUGCAUUACUAUUAACUCUGCAUAGACAAAGGCCUUAAGAAACCUAAUUUGUUAUAUCAGCAGACACGCCAGUUGCCCACCACAACUAACAAUGCCUUGUUGUAUUCCUGCCUUUGAUGUGGAUGAAAAAAAGGGAAAACAAAUAUCUGACUUAAAACUUUGUCACUUCCGCUGUACAGACAUCGAGCGUUUCUAUGGAUUCACUUCUAUUUAUUUAUGAUUAUUACUGUUCUUAUUGUUUUUGGAUGGCUUAAGCCUGUGUAUGACAAAGGAAAACUUGUGUUCAAUCUGGGAAGCCUUUAUCUAUGGGAGAUUAAAACCGGAGAGAAAGAAGAUUGAUUAUAAACCGCAGAACCGAGAGGAACAAAGACACCCAUUGGGAUCAGCGGGCGUCAGUCCCAACUUAAGAAAAACCCAGCGACUGUCAGCUGGGAGGAAUGUAUUCAGCACCUUCCCCUGAGGACCUUUCUGAGGAGUAAAAAGACUCUGUGCCAUGGACUCUUCUUUUCCCAUCACCAGAAACACGAGAGUGUAGCACAGAGAACGAUGGCUUCUGGGAGGCGAGACGGCACGUCGCGCACUCAGACCAUCUUGCCUUUGGAAGCCAUGGGGAUUGCACUGGUUUGUUUUUCCAAGUGUUGUCCACCGAGCCUUUGUCAAGGUCAGCUGAGAUUAGGUGGAUUCUUGUCCAGAGAUCAUUUCAGGGUCCGAUGGGAAGCCGAGGACUUGGAAAAGAUGAGACAAGCUACAAAUUCAGAGGCAAGUUUCUCUUACAUUGAACUUGUCAGAGAGCACUUCCCUCCGACCCCCGCCCUCCACUCCACCCGUCCUUUGAACUGUGCAAGCAAAACUGUGCAUGGUCUUUGUCGAUUAAUACCUUGUGUGCAGACACUACCGCCCCAGACGUCCUGCCCCUGGUGUGUAGAGCAGAGCCCUAAAAGGCGUAACUUAAGUAACGAGGGGAAGCUAAUGGAAUUCAUUAGCUGAGUCUAAGUGUCUCUGGGUCGUAUGGCGGUGAUGGGUUUUAACGAAUAUGGACCCUGACACCUGGCUAUAGCCUCAGUCACGACGCACCCACUGUGGGAAGGGCAACACUGAUCCCCGAGGGAAAGGAACCCUCACCCACCCUGGGGGUGUCACACGCAUUGAUGCUCAGCGUACACGGGCCAAGACCUUGCUCUGGGCUCUGGUUGGGAGAGUGGUUUCAUUCCAAGUGUACUCCACUGUUGAUAUGCUGUUUUGUUCUCUUCACUCCAUUAAAAAAAAAAAAAAAGUAAAAAUUUAAAAAAUUGGGCACAGCAUGCCAGUGGGAGGCUAUGCCCAGACCAAGCUUUGGAGGUGGGCUUCUGGGCGUAGUCACGGGUUUUGCGAAAAGAGGUUGUAAAUUUAACUAGAAAUUUACAGUUAUCUGGGUAAUCAGUUAUACCAAGGAAGAAACAUUUUUCUGUUCCUCAAGAAAACUUGCUACCCUCUGUGAGGGGACUUUUGCUAACUUGACAUCUUUAUAACACGAGCCAGAUGGAAAGGGAGUGAUUUUAAUUCAACUUAUGUCACUUUAUUUCAUAUUUGUUUCUGAAGGUGCAAUUGCUCUGUUUCGGUUUUGCUUACGCCCUUAAUUACUGGAGCACCUAUAUUUUCCAUUAUAGGCGUUGAAAGCCAGUUCUCAAAAAAUCAAAAGUGUCCAUUCACAGAGAACAAAAGGAAAUCUGGUAGGAUCUGCCGUCAAGAGGAGGGGGCCGGACAAGACGAACCCUACAGUCCUUUCAAGUUCUGCGCUGGCCUAUGGGACAUGGGAGUUGAAUCGUUUGUUCUUUUUGUUGGUGGAAAAAAAAAAAACCCUCCAGAAUACACAUAAUAAUAUAACGAAAGCCAUAUCUCCAUGAUAUAUACCUGCGUGUAUAUAUCCUAUUAAGGACCCAUGGUACUGUUAAAACACUGUGGCAUCCUGUGAAGCAGUGAGAAGAGGCAGAUUUGUACAAAACUUUUCUAGAUUCCAUCAGCGAGGACUGAAAACCUACACGGGUUUGUCGUUCUGCAUGAGCUGCUCUGGGGAAGGAAGCUGCAAGUUACUGGUUUUAUUUUCACAGGCAGCAAAGGAGGUAAUACUCUAAGGGAUCAAAUUCAAGAAAGGGCUGUGCAGUUUUCAAGCCAGGAUUUGUUUAAGGCAGAUGAGAGCAAGGGGAGCUUUCCACUCCCCUCCCAGUGUUGUGGUUUCCUCUGAAGGAAAAAAAGCAAAAAAAAAAAAAAAAAAAAAAAAAAAAAAUUCUUUUUCUCUUUACCUUCUGACAAGUCCCUCAAGGUCUUGAAAUGAAAGGUUCUAUGCAAGUGCAAAGUUUUAUAGUUAUUUAUAUUGCUGAUUAUUAUUAAUUUUUUUCCUCUGUUGUCUCAAGAGGAUGUACUGAUUUCAGAGACGUCUCGCAUUGAAGGAAUCCCAGAUUGCUUUUAAAGUAGCCGAAUGAACCAAAAACUAGCUUCAAGUAUCCAUCCCUGUUCCUCCACAAUCCCCUCUUCUUGUGCUCUUGUGAUUUUUUUUUUUUUAAGAGAAGGGGCAUCUUCAUUCUGCAAUGUACAUCACAUUCAUUAAACACAACAGGAGUGGUGACAAACCUAAUUCUCUAGCCCAGACUCAGCCUGACGGUUGUUUCCAUUUAUAAAUUGUCGAAGAGUUUUCCAAACACUUUUCACAUACGCUGGCAAACGAAUCCCAUUUUUCAGAGGUGAGGAAAUUGAGACUUGGAGAAGUUAAAUGGCAUGCUAGACCCCUCCAGGCCCCACUGGGACUUAAUCAAGGUGCUCUGACUCUGAAGCUCACGAUUCGAUCUGCUGAAGACCCUAGUCCAGAAGGGAAAGCACGCAAACAAAUUCAUGAGAAACAGAAUGCAGUCCGUGAGAUGACAGACAGCUGAGAGACGGUGAUGUGCACUCCUGCUCAUAGCUUCAGCUGAAUCCCUGUACACUGAGCCAAGGUCAUGAUCAGGCUUAUUUAGGAAACAUUGUGAGCUGUGCCAGAAAAGAUCAUAUCAGAAUUCAUAUCAUGUGUUCACAUCAACGCUACGUGUGAGAGCUUCGCGUAUUUGUAUGUGUGUUAUAAAUACUUGAUUUAUACACAGACAAACGUGUGGUGUGCUUGUGAGCUUAUGUAUAAGUCUAUAGGCGCACAGUAAUAGGGAUGGUUCUAAGUAGGGUGCAGAAUGGAUCAUUUGCUUAAGAGCUGCUAAAUAACCAAACCUUUUUAAUGUCAUGUUGCUGUUAGUGCUUCCAUUUUCCACGUGGGUAGGACUACAUCACACUUUUCAACUCUCUGCGGUACUGCAUGGGUGGAAGACAUAUCUUAAAUAAUGUGCUUCCCAAAACAACCAAAUCAAAGCCAUCCCACUACCUUGAGUCCUUUCGCUGGCUCCUUGCAAAGGCAAAUGCAGCCUGAAAUAGAUCUCCUUAUGUAAAGGUCCAGAAAAAGGAAAAUCAAUUAAAAAAAAAAUCCCUUUGCACAUUGGCAUUAUGCUCACCUUGUCCUCCCUUUGCCCUUGUGUUCGGAGUCCAGGUUCCCGAAGGGAACUGGAGGGUCGUGAGCCCAGUCUUGAAGGCCCAGGGUGAGAAUCCGAGACCCCACCGCAAGGCGAGCGACUCUUAGGAAUUCCCGCAUCCUAGCGGAAUGCAAGAGAUGAUGCUGUGAAAUGCUGUCUUUUGCAAAGAGCCAUGACAACAGAGUCCCCUGGUUGGGAAUAGACGUUUUUGUUUUUUUUUUCACUUUUCCUUUUGUAAAUUGGGCCUUCUAUAAUGCCAGUAACAUUCAAUUGUAUAUCUAAUUAAAUCAGUGACUACAGACACACACGCCCUCCAUUCUCUUGCUCUCUCCUUUUCUCCCCACGUGAGGAUUUUUGUUUCCAAUGCUGAGCUCCAGUUUGGCCCUAUAUCCCUGUUGCAGAAAAACCUCACCAGGAGGAUGGCCAGUGACCCAGCUUCUCAGGUGGUUAAAUGCAGUUCAAGCAGUUUUUUCACAAUCCGUAAUGAUGGCAUGCGGAGGCUUCGAGGCUGAGGGAGCAGACGGUUUUCUAAAGAAUUCGGGGUUUGAGGGGUGGGAAGUCAGACGCCACAGCACACGAAGGGGUAUUUCCUUGUCGUCGGGGCCGGAAUGAGCCACUGCUGCUACAAGUCAAAGGUUCUCGAAUAUCCUUCGUGUUUGUAUUUUAUUCUUCUUUUUUCUCUUACCUUUAUUUAUUUAUGUAUUUAUUUAUUCAUAUAUAUAUAUAUUUGCUCCAUUCAUCACAAACACAAAGCAAAGCAAAAAAAUACAUAUAUAUGUAUAUCUGUUGCAGGCAAAACACUGUGAAUUUCACAACAGCAACCAAGCAACUCUUUUGCCAUCUCAACAUACGUCUCAGGAGACGAAAUGGGAAAACAUAGGAUGUCAUCUUUUUCAGUCUAUGCAUUCUAGGCCAGGUCUGGGUUCGCUUUCUUUCUUUGUUCUGUGCAUCAAUGACAGUGAUCCUGAGUGAAGGUUGGCUGAAUGUCCAACACACGGAAGCAAGCGUGAUAAAAGCUGCUAAUUGCUACAGGUUGGAACUGGGGAAAACAAUCUGGAGAAAAUGAAAUGUCAAGGCCUCCAUCUUGCAGCUUGUAUAUCUUACUAUUGCUUUAAAAAUGUAUAAAACAGCUGGAAAUGUUUUCAAUACAAGGUCUUUAAAUUAAAUGUGGAUUUUUAACUAUAGAAUCCCUUGACAAAUGGUAAAUUAUGGUGAAAUAUUGCUCCCUGCAUUCAAUGAUCAUUACCUAUCACUUACAAAUCUGCCUAGAGAUGUGGGCACUCUCUGCAUUUGCUUCUGUACGUGGAGAGAUGUUUGUAUAUAUCCAGGCCGUAUACACACACACACGCACACGUCAAUAUCUCUCUGAAGUUACAUCGCCCCUUAAAUUGUGACCUGGUAUUUGAAACUCUUUUUAUUUGCUUUAUUUUCCUUUUAAUGUGACGUCUCUGUGCUGACACUUACUGGUUCUUGUUUUGCAAUCUGUUUUGAGGUCCAUUGCUUUAUUAAGACCCACUGCAUCUUGGCUGAUUUCAAAGUGACACCAGAAUAUCAGUGUUAAAAAAAAAAAAGUUUCGUUUGUAAAUCAUGUGACCAGCUUCUCUCAACCUGACACGGAAAGUCUCUUGUACUACAGUGUAUUUAAUAAAAAUGAUGUCUUACAAUAAAUACCAUCCUCCAAAAGACACACGGAAAGUGACAUGAUGAUUACUAGAAUUUUCACAAGGUGUGGUGUGUGCAUUUUAGGUGUGGUCCCUGCAGGUGCCUGCGGUGUUCAUAAGUUGAAGGCAACGAGAAUGCAGGUUUCCUGGUCAAUCCGUCCUAACCUGACACUUUCGACUUAUGUCUUGGAUAACCAGAACAUGCUUGUCCAAUAGAGCUUUCUGCAGUGAUCCAAAUGUUCUCUCUCUGCACUGUC